AAACUACCCAAAAAAGUAAAAUUGCAAUUUUGCAAUAAGGAGGGGUGGGUGUGUUUAAAUUUCCUAGAUCUGUGGUUGAAUUUUGGUAAGUCGAAAAACUUGUGUAUGUGUGAAUUUUGCUAUAAAUGAAUUCUUCGAUCCAGACGAGAAAAACCCUAAAAACACAACUCAUCAACAUCAACCUCGACUUCAACCAUGCUACUGCUUCAACUUGAUUGACGUUUGUUCAUCGUCAAGCGAAACAAAAACACAACAAUCAAUCUUUGCUCUGUGAAAUUUGUGAUCUUGUUAUGGCCGAUGCACUCUCAAUAAUUCCGGCAUCUGUGCUUCGUAACCUCGCCGAUAAGCUGUAUGAGAAGAGGAAGAAUGCUGCUCUUGAGGUUGAAGGAAUUGUGAAGCAAUUGGCUGUAGCUGGAGAUCAUGAGAAGAUAACGGCUGUGAUCAAUUUGUUGACUGAAGAAUUCACCUAUUCGCCGCAGGCGAAUCAUCGAAAGGGCGGAUUGAUUGGAUUAGCCGCAGCAACUGUUGGUUUGACCAGUGAAGCAGCCCAACAUCUUGAGCAAAUUGUACCGCCUGUGCUCCAUUCCUUUUCCGAUCAAGAUAGUAGAGUCCGGUAUUAUGCUUGUGAAGCUUUAUAUAACAUUGCAAAGGUUGUAAGAGGGGAUUUCAUUGUGUUUUUCAACCAGAUCUUUGAUGCCUUGUGCAAGCUAUCUGCAGAUUCUGAUGCUAAUGUGCAGAGUGCUGCUCAUCUCUUAGAUCGGCUUGUAAAGGAUAUUGUGACAGAAAGUGAUCAAUUCAGUAUUGAAGAAUUUAUACCAUUGCUGAGAGAGCGCAUGAAUGUCCUGAAUCCCUAUGUUCGCCAAUUUCUGGUUGGAUGGAUUACUGUCUUGGACAGUGUUCCUGAUAUCGAUAUGCUUGGAUUUCUUCCUGAUUUCCUUGAUGGUUUGUUUAAUAUGUUGAGCGAUUCUAGCCAUGAAAUACGACAACAAGCUGACUCAGCACUGACAGAGUUUCUCCAAGAAAUCAAGAACUCCCCAUCUGUAGAUUAUGGUCGCAUGGCGGAAAUAUUGGUGCAAAGGGCGGGUGCUCCUGAUGAAUUUACUCGUCAGACGUCCAUUACCUGGAUUAAUGAAUUUGUUAAAUUAGGUGGUGAUCAGCUUGUUCCGUAUUAUGCUGAUAUUCUUGGAGCCAUAUUGCCCUGUAUUUCUGACAAAGAGGAGAAAAUUAUAGUUGUUGCUCGGGAAACCAAUGAAGAACUUCGUUCCUUCAAGGCGGCUCCAGGUGAAGGAUUUGAUGUAGGAGCAAUCCUUGCUGUUGCAAAGAGACAUUUAUCCAGUGAAUGGGAGGCCACUCGUAUUGAAGCACUGCACUGGAUUUCAGCUCUUUUAGAAAAGCAUCGUGGUGAGGUUUUAUUAUUUCUAAGUGAUAUAGUUGACACACUUCUCAAAGCACUCUCCGAUUCGUCAGAUGAGGUAGUGCUCUUGGUGCUUGAGGUGCAUGCAUGCAUAGCUAAAGACACAGUACACUUCCGCAAUCUUCUGGUUUUCUUGCUUCAGAACUUUCAGAAAGACAAUUCUCUUCUAGAAAAACGGGGCGCUUUAAUAAUUCGGCGGCUCUGUGUACUCCUUGGUGCUCAAACAGUAUAUCGCGAGCUUUCCACUAUUCUUCAAAAGGAAACCGAUCUUGAUUUUGCAUCUAUCAUGGUUCAGGCGUUGAAUUUAAUUUUACUCACAUCAUCUGAAUUAUCGGAACUUCGCGAGCUAUUGAAGAAAUCUCUUGUCAACAGUUCUGGGAAAGAUUUGUUUCAUGCUCUGUAUGCUUCCUGGUGCCAUUCUCCAAUGGCAAUCAUUAGUUUGUGCUUAUUAGCUCAGACGUACCAGCAUGCAAGCACUGUCAUACAGUCUUUGGUGGAAGAAGAUAUCAACAUUAAAUUCUUGGUCCAGCUUGACAAGUUGAUUCGGUUACUCGAGACUCCAACUUUUGCAUAUCUGAGAUUGCAGCUUCUGGAGCCUGGAAGAUAUACAUGGUUGCUGAAAGCCCUUUAUGGCCUGCUUAUGUUACUUCCGCAGCAAAGCGCAGCAUUCAAGAUAUUGCGUACACGAUUAAAGACUGUACCCUCAUACUCCUUCACUGGUGAGGAGCAUAGGAAUACAUCUCCAGAAACCUCAAACUCAAGUGGCCUAAAUCACGCGGAUAGUGGAUCACACUCUACUCAAGAUGGUCUUGUCACACAGAAUGUAGAAAAAAUGUGCAAUGGUAUUAAUUUUGCUUCGAGAUUGCAGCAGUUUCAGAAAAUGCAGCAGGUACAUCGUGCCAAUGCUAAAUCCCAAGCGCAGUUGAGGAUAACUUCAGUCACUUUGACGAAGGACGUUCAGAGACCUGAAGAAAACAGGGAGCAAUCGUCCAUGUCAGAUACGAACCAGCCUGCAAAAUCGUUAAGAAAAAGUUGAGGGCAGUUGCAAUUGUAAUUAGGUAAAUCUCAUUUGUUUUUCGCGUGGGCUGCUCACUCUCUCUACUUGGAUCUCAUUCACUGCAGUCGUGAUGGGGUCUGAUAUUAUUUGUAAAAUUGUAGAUUUCUUUUAGGUUUUUGUUAUUUUGAUUAGGGGAGGUUUUGUGGUGGGUAGUUUACAUUGAGAGAAUCUGGGGUCAUUCAAAAGCUCAAUUCUUGGUCUCUUUGUCUUGUGUUUAUUUUUUUUAUUUUUUAUUUUUAUUAUUUGUCAAGCUGGGACGGGGGAGGGGUUGUGGGGUUUAAAAAUGGUUCCUUAGCGUACGUGGUUCCUGUUGUUUUAUUGAAAACCAUGUGCGACUGAGGGGCACUGGUCGUUCAUCUUUUGCAUUUAAAUAAGCAGGCGUCUGAUUUGUGUAUAUACGCCGCCUAUGGCAGGAUUUGAGAUUGUAGCAUUCCUGAUCUUAUGUAUUCAAAGUUAUGCAACGACUCCCAUUUUGUGAGUCACAAAUGUCUUAUGUAUUCAAAGUUAUGCAACGACUCCCAUUUUGUGAGUCACAAAUGUCUUAUCUGCUGGCUCCAAGUUGUGGAAUGAGCAUUUGAUGAAUUAAUUUUUUUUAUCCGUUGUA